AUGAGGAAAGCAGGCGUUGGAAAGCAAGAUGCACUCAAAAAUGGUAAAAGAAAUGAACCAAUAAAAACAGCGAUUCUGCUAAUAGCGACGCGCUACGCUCGUUGUUUAAAAAAUGCUGUUUUUCUCCAUCUGAAGAAACAUUGUGACUGCGGGGCCCGGUCACCUGCGGCCCGGCGGAGCUCGGCCCCCUCAGCCGCGGGGGCGGGCGGGGACGCGGCUGCGCCGUCCGUGUCCCGCCCGGCUCCAGGCGCCGCCAUGUUGUGCCGCUUUGCCUCCGCGGGCAGAAGCAGUGCUAAGUUGGUAGCACCAUUGGGAUGCUUGGUUCCUAGGCAAAAGCACACUCUUCCUGACUUGCCAUAUGAUUAUGCUGCUCUGGAACCUCAUAUUAAUGCAGAGAUCAUGCAGCUGCACCACAGCAAACAUCAUGCUACCUACGUGAACAACCUGAACGUUGCAGAGGAGAAAUACAAAGAGGCACUGGCAAAAGGUGAUGUUACAACUCAGGUGUCACUUCAGCCUGCACUGAAGUUCAACGGUGGGGGUCAUAUCAAUCACACCAUCUUCUGGACAAACCUUUCUCCAAAUGGAGGAGGGGAGCCUAAAGGAGAAUUGAUGGAAGCCAUCAAGCGUGACUUUGGUUCCUUUGCAAACUUCAAGGAGAAGCUGACAGCCCUAUCAGUUGGUGUUCAAGGAUCAGGCUGGGGAUGGCUUGGCUAUAACAAAGAGCAGGGACGCCUACAAAUAGCAGCUUGUGCAAAUCAAGACCCUUUGCAAGGAACAACAGGUCUCAUUCCUUUGCUAGGAAUCGAUGUAUGGGAACAUGCUUAUUAUCUUCAGUAUAAAAAUGUUCGACCUGAUUAUUUGAAAGCCAUCUGGAAUGUGAUCAACUGGGAGAAUGUAUCUUCAAGAUAUGCAGCUUGCAAAAAGUAGAGUGGAAUUCUUGCACAGACUACUAAAAUGUCACCACUUCUACUCUGAUACCACUCUUGUAGUAGUGCCUGUGGCUUACAAAUUAAUUGCUCUACUCAGAAAACACUUCACUCAUCCAACAAAAGCAUUUCAUAAUCAAGCAAAGCGUCUGCUUGUUUAAUUCAGUGAGGUAUUUACUUAGAGUUUGAAGCUUUAAACUGUUGUGCAACAAAGGGAGACACUUUAAUCUUUUCCAUUGCGUAUAAAACAUAGGUCACCUUGCUGAAGCUUAAUGAGGUAAUGGAUUUCCUUGUUGCAGUAAAAUACCUAAGUGGAAAUAUGUGCUGAUGUUGCUAUAAACAAAUAAAAGAAGAAUCUUCUA